GUCAAAUUCCAUAAAUAACCUCGCAGUUUUUGCAUCUUUUCAAUUCCACCCUCCGUUCCACCUCAGUAUCAACACUCCCUCUACUGAUAACUGAUGAAAUCAUUCAUUAGUGUAAUUACUGCACCAUUUUCACGGUUCAACUCGUUCAUAAUAAACGCAAAUUGAGUGAUCAUCUGGGGUUUCUUCUCUCUGUAAUGAAUCUGCCAUCUUUUGAAUGGCUCGAUUCUGUUACUGUUUCUCCCUUUUCCUCUUUGCUUUUACCAUAAACCCUUGCUUCGCCGCUGAUGAAAUCGAUGAAUUCUCGAUCAUCGACUCGGACUUCCUCUCCACUCACGGCGAUUACUCUCCGCCGUCGCCACCUCCGCCUCCCCUGCCACCACUUCCGCCUUCUCUCUCGUGUGGAGAUUUAAACGGAGUUGGUACACUGGACACUCUAUGUGAGCUUCAUUCCAGCGUGGGUUUUCGUCGCGACGUGUAUAUAGCAGGGAACGGCAGCUUGCGCGUGUUUCCUGAAGUCAUUUUGAGUUGUCCUUUUAAGGGUUGCUCAAUUACCAUCGAUAUGAGCCGUGGGGAAUUCAGUUUGGGCCGGGAUUCCCGCCUAUCUGCGGGGACAUUGUAUAUUACGGCUAGGAAUGCGAGUUUCUCUAAGGGUUCAGUUGUAAAUGUCAGUGGCCUAGCCGGUCAACCCCCGGCUCAGACCAGCGGAACCCCUUCGGGGAUUCAAGGUGCCGGCGGGGGCCACGGCGGGAGAGGCGCUAGUUGCGUGACGGAUAACAUGAAACUGCCUGAUGAUGUUUGGGGAGGUGAUGCUUACUCUUGGUCAUCAUUGGAUAAACCGUGGAGUUAUGGGAGUAAAGGAGGGACGACUAGCAAAGACAAGGAUUAUGGCGGGGAAGGUGGUGGGAGGAUAAGGUUGGAGAUGGAAGAGACAAUUGAAGUUGGCGGGAGUAUGUUGGCAAAUGGAGGUGAUGGCGGUGUAAAAGGCGGCGGAGGCUCCGGUGGAAGCAUUUAUAUCAAGGCUCACAGAAUGACUGGAAGUGGCUGGUUAAGUGCCACUGGGGGGAAUGGAUUUGCUGGAGGUGGUGGUGGAAGAAUUUCAAUUGAUGUUUUUAGUAGGCAUGAUGAUACAGAUUUCUUAAUUCAUGGAGGAAAAAGUUUUGGCUGUCCUGAUAAUGCAGGUGCUGCCGGUACAUAUUAUGAUGCUGUGCCUCAGAGUCUAAUUGUCAGCAACCACAACAUGUCCACAAAUACCGACACACUCCUAAUGGAGUUCCCUAAGCAACCACUUUGGACAAAUGUGUACCUCCGAGAUCAUGCAAAGGCUUCUGUUCCUUUGCUUUGGAGCCGUGUUCAGGUUAGGGGGCAAAUUCGCUUAUCAUGCGGUGCAGUGCUAAGCUUUGGUCUUGCACAUUUUGCUUCUUCUGAGUUUGAAUUGAUGGCAGAAGAACUUUUAAUGAGUGAUUCAGUUGUCAAGAUAUAUGGGGCUCUUCGUAUGUCUGUCAAAAUGCACUUGAUGUGGAAUUCAAAAAUGCUUAUAGAUGGUGGUGCUGAUGCCAUUGUGGCAACUUCCUUGCUUGAGGCCAGCAAUUUGGUAGUUCUAAGGGAGUCUUCUGUGAUACAUUCUAAUGCAAAUUUAGGAGUUCAUGGACAAGGAUUUUUGAAUUUGUCAGGACCAGGAGAUAUGAUUGAGGCACAGCGCCUGAUCCUCUCAUUAUUUUACAGUAUCAAAGUUGGACCUGGAUCUAUUCUGCGAGGUCCCCUGGAAAAUGCCAGUGACAAUGAUAUGACACCACGGCUCUACUGUGAAUUUCAAGAUUGCCCUAUUGAAUUGCUUCACCCACCUGAGGACUGCAAUGUGAAUUCUUCCUUAUCCUUCACAUUGCAGAUAUGUCGUGUUGAAGAUAUUAAUAUUGAGGGUAUCAUAACAGGAUCUGUUGUUCAUUUUCACUGGGUUAGAACUGUCGUCGUCCAUUCUUCUGGAGAAAUUACCACAUCUGCUUUGGGUUGCACUGGUGGGGUGGGUAGGGGAACAGUACUACAAAAUGGUCUUGCUGGAGGCGGAGGGCAUGGUGGCAAAGGUGGGGAGGCAUAUUAUGAUGGCAGUUUUAUUGAAGGUGGUGUUUCAUAUGGAGAUGCAGAUUUGCCUUGUGAACUUGGUAGUGGUAGUGGAAAUACUAGUCUUGCUGGUGCAACUGGUGGUGGUGGAAUAAUAGUAAUGGGAUCACUGGAGCACUCACUCUCAAGUUUGUUUGUAUAUGGUUCCCUUAGAGCUGAUGGAGAAAGCUUCGGAGAAGUUAUCAGGAAGCAAGGUUAUAAUGCCAUUUCAAACAUAGGUCCUGGUGGUGGAUCAGGUGGAACCAUCCUUUUAUUUGUUCAUUCAAUCAUGCUUGCUGAUUCUUCUGUUAUAUCAACUGCUGGAGGACAUGGCAGCCCAAGUGGUGCUGGUGGUGGGGGUGGUGGGCGGGUUCACUUUCACUGGUCCGAUAUCCCAACUGGGGAUUUGUACCAACCCAUAGCGACUGUGAAAGGAAGCAUUAACACCAGGGGAGGCUUUGGGAGAGGUCAGGGUCACACUGGAGAAAAUGGAACUAUCACCGGAAAGGUCUGUCCUAAAGGGCUUUAUGGCAUCUUUUGUGAGGAAUGCCCUCUUGGGACUUUUAAGAAUGUCAGUGGAUCUGAUAGAGUCCUUUGUCAUAAAUGCCCAGCUAAUGAGCUUCCAAGUCGGGGGAUAUAUGUUAAUGUUCGAGGUGGUGUUACUGAUCGCCCCUGCCCAUACAAGUGCAUUUCUGAUAGAUAUCAUAUGCCUCACUGUUACACAGCACUUGAAGAGUUGGUGUAUACUUUUGGUGGGCCAUGGUUUUUUGGUCUUAUUCUUUUAGGUCUCCUCAUCCUUUUAGCACUAGUUCUUAGUGUUGCAAGGAUGAAAUAUGUUGGUGCAGAUGAAUUGCCACCUCUCAUGCCUGCUCAUCGUGGCUCUCAAAUAGAUCAUUCAUUCCCUUUCCUGGAGUCAUUGAAUGAGGUUUUGGAGACAAAUAGAACUGAGGAAUCCCAGAGUCAUGUGCACAGAAUGUAUUUUAUGGGACCAAAUACAUUUACUGAACCUUGGCAUCUUCCUCUUGUUCCACCAGAGCAAUUAAUUGAAAUUGUAUAUGAGGAUGCCUUCAAGAGAUUUGUGGAUGAGGUUAACGAUUUAGCUGCAUAUCAGUGGUGGGAAGGAUCAAUCUACACCAUUCUUUCUAUUGUUGCAUAUCCACUUGCAUGGUCCUGGCUACAGCAAUGCCGAAAAAGGAAAUUGCAACAGCUUCGUGAAUUUGUUCGAUCUGAAUAUGACCAUUCUUGCCUUCGUUCUUGCCGCUCACGUGCAUUGUAUGAAGGGCUUAAGGUUGCUGCAACUGCUGAUCUAAUGCUUGCUUAUGUGGACUUUUUCCUUGGCGGAGAUGAAAAGAGAGGUGACCUUCCUCCUAGUCUUCAUCAAAGAUUUCCAAUGUCUUUGGUUUUUGGAGGAGAUGGAAGUUACAUGGCUCCUUUUUCUCUUCAAAGCGAUAACAUUCUUACUAGCUUAAUGAGUCAGUGUGUUCCACCAACCAUAUGGUAUCGAUUAGUGGCUGGUCUAAAUUCUCAUUUGCGCCUUGUUCGCUAUGGUCACUUGAAACUUACUUUUGGUCAUGUUAUUAGCUGGCUUGAAACACAUGCAAACCCUACUUUAACUACAUAUGGUGUACGUGUUGAUCUUGCAUGGUUUCAGCCAACAUCAUCUGGUUAUUGUCAGUUCGGGCUUAUGGUAUCUGCCUCCUGCAAUGAGAGUGUUCGGUGCUGGAUUGAAGGUCAAGGUAGAUGCUUUCCAACUAUGGAGCAUUCAAGGGGAGACACGGUUGGUUGCCCUGGAACCAGUGGACAUUUAAGGAUACCUGGAGGGAUAUUGCAUACAAAAAACUUACUAACACUUAAAAUGAGGAGGGCAAUCUGUUUUCCUUUCACUUUUAUAGUUUACAAUACCAAGCCCGUUGGCCAUCAGGAUCUUGUCGGUUUGCUGAUCUCUAUAUUACUUCUGGGAGAUUUUAGCUUAGUUUUGCUUACUUUGCUACAGAUGUACUCUAUAUCACUAUUAGACUUCAUUUUAGUUUUGUUCAUCCUUCCUUUCGCAAUAUUCUUUCCAUUCCCAGCUGGUAUCAGUGCCUUGUUCAGUCAUGGACCAAGACGAUCAGCUAGCCUCGCACGUGUAUAUGCUUUAUGGAAUAUCACAUCUUUGAUCAAUGUUAUUGUCGCCUUUGUGUGUGGAUUUCUACAUUACUGGAGCCACUCGAGCAGAAAACAUGUGAACAUGCAGUCAUGGAAUUUCAGCAUGGACGAAAGUGAAUGGUGGAUGCUUCCUUCUGGAUUAGUUGUUUGUAAAAUAGUACAAGCAAGACUCAUUGAUUGCCAUGUGGCCAACCAAGAAAUUCAAGAUCACUCUCUAUAUAGCACUGAUCCUGAUGUGUUCUGGCAAUCUUGAACUGAACCCUGUUCCCCCCCGGGGGAAUAGUUACAGGGUAAGUAAAACUAGGGUUUAGUGAACCUACCCCCCAUAGCUUUGUUGUCAGUGUAAUUUGGUGUGAUGGAUUUGAUUAGUAGCAUAGAAUUGAAGUAUUGAGUGGCACUUCAGUUUUGUAAAUGAUGCAUGCAUCUUCUCUCUGUAUAUACUCAGAGAGAGAAGGAGAAAGAGGAGAGUAAACAACAGAAAGAAACGAAGAAGGAAAUGAACCAUUGUUUGAUGCCCAAGUUAGGGCUAUUGUUUUCG